AUGUCUGCAUCGACAAUGUCACUGGGUGAUUACGCCGUUAAAACUCGCACUAAAAAUACUGAUUUGAAAAAAAAGAUUUUGUUAUAUAAACAAGAAAUUCCAUUGAUUGAAAAUGAAAUUUUAACUUUAACAACCACGUAUGAUGAGCUAAAUGAAAACUGUAAACGUUUACACGUGCUUAUCAAUGAGAAUGAAACAAAUUGCAAGAGUCUGUUACUGGAAAGCCAACGUCAGUUUCAAGAGUAUAUUAAAGAUAUUCAAACAUACAUAGAAACACAACAUCACAAAUAUAAUUUGGAUGCUAAUCAUAAAUGUGAAACAGUUCCUCCUGUAUUGAAUUUAAACAUCACAAAUACGGUGCAAUUAUCUUCGAAUAAUCAACACCAACCAGUAACACUUUCCCCAUCGAUGAAUAAUCAGUUGGUAUCCGUCGAAAACUGGCUUGUUGAUCCGUCUAAAUCACAUUCGUCUGCUCACAAUGGUCAAGAACUCGUCAUUUUAUCAACAAAUAAGAACCAAGAUGAACUAGAAAUAUUUGAGGAUAAUGUCGGAGAUGGUGAGGAUGAUUUGUACAAAGAUUUAGUUCUUGGUGGCUGUGAAGAGGGAGAAUUAAACGAUAAUAACAACGAAAACGAAGAACAUACUAUUGAAGAUAUAUCGUCUUCCGUAACAACAGAAAAGACAUCACAAUCAUACGAUGCAAAACCACUUCGACGUUAUGCCUUAAUGCGACAUUUAGCUGAAAAAUCCGUAAAAAAGAGUAAACAUCAGCCAGAAUCCUUGUAA